CUCCUUCCGUCGCUGGCUUCUUCCUUCCUUCCUGCUUUGCCCGCGCGUUUGGCGCUAUGGUACGGAGCCUCCGUUCUUCCCGCACCACAUAAGGACUCCGCAAGCCGCCCCGCGAUGGAAGAGGAUCAGGAGCUGGAGAGAAAAAUAUCUGGAAUGAAGACCUCAAUGGCUGAAGGCGAGAGGAAGACAGCCCUGGAAAUGGUCCAGGCAGCUGGAACAGAUAGACACUGUGUGACGUUUGUAUUGCACGAGGAGGACCAUACCCUAGGAAAUUCUCUACGGUACAUGAUCAUGAAGAAUCCGGAAGUAGAAUUUUGUGGUUACACUACGACCCAUCCUUCAGAGAGCAAAAUUAAUUUGCGCAUUCAGACUCGGGGCGCCCUUCCAGCUGUUGAGCCAUUUCAGAGAGGCCUGAGUGAGCUUAUGAAUGUCUGCCAGCAUGUGCUUGACAAGUUUGAGGCCAGCAUAAAGGACUACAAGGAGCAAAAAAGCAACCAGAAAUGAAUCCAUAUUCUGGAUACGAGGAGGAUCCUUUAAGAUACUCUGUUCAUGAUUGUACAGACCUCAGAAUUAGAAAUUUGUGAUUACAUGCUCUAUUCUUUAGCAAGGUAUGGUUCUCGCUGUUGAUCGAUUAUAACUGUUUGAAUCCCAGCAAGAACUUGUAUAUUCAUCGAAUAAAUUCCCUAUUUUGUUUCAA